AAAAAAAAUAUCGCGGCUGUCGUUCAAUUUUGGCCUUGCUGAAUUUCCCCUCCGAAAUUUCGACUCCCCCAUCACCAGUCGCCAUUUCAGCAACCAGACCGUCGCAAUGGCCAAGCAAUCUCGUGGUGCCCCCGGUGGCAAGCUCAAGAUGACCCUGGGUCUCCCAGUCGGUGCCAUCAUGAACUGCGCGGACAACUCCGGUGCCCGUAACCUUUACAUCAUCUCCGUCAAGGGUAUCGGUGCUCGUCUCAACCGUCUCCCCGCUGGUGGUGUCGGCGACAUGGUCAUGGCCACCGUCAAGAAGGGCAAGCCCGAGCUCCGCAAGAAGGUCCACCCCGCCGUCAUCGUCCGCCAGUCUAAGCCCUGGAAGCGCUUCGACGGUGUCUUCCUCUACUUCGAGGACAACGCCGGUGUCAUCGUCAACCCCAAGGGUGAGAUGAAGGGUUCCGCCAUUACCGGCCCCGUCGGUAAGGAGGCUGCUGAGCUUUGGCCCCGUAUUGCCUCCAACUCUGGUGUCGUCAUGUAAAUGGGGUUGUCCAGGAACAAAUGGAAUGGAUCUUUUAUGGGCUGCGCGGGUCUUUUUUUCGAGGAACGAACAAUGUCAUCCGGAAUCUCGUCUUCCCCACAGAUAAAAGGAAGAUGCAGAGGAUGAAGGCCUUAACCGGCCCCGCUGGAUUGGCAGGCAUUUGCAUUUCGGUUGCGGCGUGCUCGGGAGUCAUACCACAUGCAUGAUAUACAGGUCAAUUCACACCCAGUUCUUCGAACCCCCUUGACCGCGCGCGGCUCGGGAUCAUGAUCACAAGGGUGCCUCUGCAAGCCGAUGUCUACGUUUUUUUCCUUUCAUGCAUAACAAGCAAGGGCGGGAAUCCACGGUGCCGCUUGCAGGCAAUGGCUCGCGAUGGACUGUGUCGGAUGGCCAUGUACGUUCUUCACUCCAGAUAUCCUGAGAAGUUGAUGGAGGCUUCUCCCCAGGCAAAAGACAUGAAGGCUGCCAUUUCCAAACCAUUAUCAUUCAUUACAGUGCUACUACCUUGUGUCUAUGUUGAUAACUCGAAUAUAUACAGUCUAAAUGCUACUGACCCUCCUUCUCUAGGACUCCAUGCUCUACCUAAUGAUGGUGGCAUUAAGCUUGAGCGAUUCCAGGGUGCGGCCGCCGGUUUUCACCCAGCUCGCCAGCAGGCGGUUGAACAUCUCGGGCUCCUGAAUCUGAGGAGCAUGUCCAAGAUACGGGAACGACACAAGGGUAGCAUCAGGAAUCACCGCCUGCGCCUGGCGUCCCAAGACAGCAUAGUGGCCGAGCUUUGCCUGCACCUCGGGCGGCGACCACACCUUGCCAAUAGCCGUGUUAUCCUUCUCGCCCACCACCAACAACGUCUUGGGCU